GAGCGCAGAGGAGUCGCUCGUGUUGACGUGGAGACUGCCAUGCUUGGUGAACAUUCUAGAGCUCCAGCUGGUGAACCCGUUCCGUUAACCGUGAGCCGUCAUGCUGGACUUCGCUUUAUUCGCGGUCACCUUUGUCCUCGCGCUGGUCGGCGCUGUUCUUUACCUGUACCCGUCAUCCAGAAGGGCCUCCGGCAUCCCGGGUCUGAACCCCACAGAUGAGAAAGACGGGAACCUGCAGGACAUCGCCAGUAAAGGCAGUCUGCAUGAGUUCCUGGUGGGUCUGCAUCAGGAGUUUGGCCCUGUGGCGUCCUUCUGGUUCGGCGGGCGGCCCGUGGUGAGCCUGGGCUCCGUCGACCAGCUGCGGCAACACGUCAACCCCAACCACAGCACCGACUCCUUUGAGACGAUGCUGAAGUCGCUGCUGGGCUACCGGUCGGGGACGGGGGGCGGGGCCACUGAGACGGUGUUGAGGAAGAAGCUGUACGAGAGCGCCAUCGACGGCUCGCUGAAGAAGAACUUUCCUCUGCUGCUCCAGCUGGUGGAGGAGCUGGUGGAGAAGUGGAAGUCUUUCCCGGAGGCCCAGCACACCCCGCUGUGCGCCCACCUGCUGGGCCUGGCCAUGAAGACCGUCACCCAGCUGGCUCUGGGCGAGCGCUUCCAGGACGACGCCCAGGUGAUCGCCUUCCGCAGGAACCACGACGCGAUCUGGUCAGAGAUCGGGAAAGGCUACCUGGAUGGAUCGCUGGAGAAAAGCUCCAGCAGGAAAGAACAUUAUGAGAAGGCUCUGUCGCAGAUGGAGUCGCUGCUGCUGUCGGUGUUCAGAGAGAGGAAGGCCGACAGGAAGCAGACGGUGUUUCUGGAUGCUCUGCUUCAGUCCAGCCUCUCAGAGCGACAGAUCCUGGAGGACUGCAUGGUCUUCACCUUGGCUGGGAGCGUCAUUACUGCUAACUUGUGCGUCUGGGCUCUUCACUUCCUGUCCGCCUCUGAAGACGUUCAGGACCGGUUGUAUCAGGAGCUGCAGGAGGUUCUGGGAUCUGAUCCGGUUUCUCUGGACAAGGUUCCUCAGCUCAGAUACUGCCAGCUGGUCCUGAAUGAGACGGUCCGGACCGCCAAGCUGACCCCCGUGGCUGCUCGGCUGCAGGAAGUGGAGGGCAAAGUGGAUCAGCAUGUCAUCCCCAAAGAGACUCUGGUGGUCUACGCCUUGGGGGUGGUCCUGCAGGAUGGCAAAACCUGGAACGUCCCGUACAGGUUUGAUCCUGAUCGAUUUGAGGAGGAACCGGCCAGAAAAAGUUUCUGUCUGUUGGGGUUCUCCGGGAACCAGACCUGUCCAGAGCUCAGGUUUGCCUAUACCGUGGCCACGGUGCUGCUGGCCACGUUGGUGCGGCAGCUGAAGCUCCACCAGCUGGAGGGACAUGUCUCGGAGGUCCGGUCUGAGCUGGUGUCCUCCCCCAGAGACGAGACCUGGGUCACCGUCAGCAGACGUAGGACGGAACCUCCAGAACCUUCAGGACCUUCAGGGACGGGACAGUAAAUGAUAAGAACAUCUCAUGACCUGUGAAGUAUUGAUCUGACCCUCAUGAGGUGAAGCUGUUCUCUCCCAGGGACUUUGAAUGCAUCAUGACUGGAGGAACCGUCCUCUGAUCACGUUCUCUAUUGAGCACCUUUGAGACUGUUCUGUGAACAUGCGUCCCUGUCCUCUUUUUAUCAGUCAUUAAAUGUCUCUCGCAGGAACUUGA